AUGAACAUCAGAGAAAAACCUCCAUGUUAUUAAGAACCAAAUUUUUAAUUCUUUGUCAAAAAAGGCUUAAUUAAACAAAAUAACAAGGGGCAGGUUUUUCCAAUAUUCACAUAUCGUAUUAAUAGUUAACCAUCUCCUUAAAAAUAUAUUGAACUUCGGGUAUCUCCUUAAAAAUUAGUAAAAAGAUCGAAUUUCUAAUUUAACAAUCCUUCUCCUUUUGUAAUUACUAAUCUACCAAAAAAAAAUACAUUCUAUCAAUCAUAUAUUGAAAAUAUAAUAAAAAGAAAAACAAAAGAUAAACCAGAAAGUCGUAAGAAAUAUUCAAAUACAAUUGAUGAGAUUAAAGGGAAAUAAAUUGGCACUAUUGAAGAUUGUUUUCUUCCAAGACUUCAUUGUUUAAAUAAUAAACCUUAAAAAAUAAAAUAUCGUAAUUCAUUGCCAAAGUAAGUUAUCUAUACUGAGCCUAUUCCUCUGUAAAAUUUAUCGGAUAGAUUACAACCAUGGGAAUCAAGUUAAAAAUCAUUUGCUCUCUAAUGA